AUGACAGCAGAUUCUAGAAAAUUAUUGUGUGGUGUAAACUCAGAAUCACCCAAAACUCCUGCAUCCACUCCAAAUUUUAAAACAAACAGCAAAAUACGAUCAAAGCGUUCAAAUCCUUCCUGUACUUAUAAUAUCGAAUUUGAUUCAAGAAAACAAUGGCCACAAUGUGCAGAUAUAAUUAACAUUGUUAGAAAUCAAGGCCAAUGUGGGGAUUGUUGGGCAGUUGCAAGUUCAUCUACGUUUACUGAUCGCUACUGUAUUGAGAGAGCUAAGAAAGGCUUAAAAACGCCAGUCUCUGAUCCUGAUAAUCAGUCAUCAGAUGAUGAAAUACUUAGUUGUACUUCCCCGACUAGCGGAUGUGUAAAUGGAGGUUCUCCACCCGAUGCAUGGCAAUACAUGAAAAAUUCUGGUGUUGUCUCUGGAUCAAAUUUUGAACAAAAAACCGGAUGUAAGCCCUACUCAAUCAAUCCAGAAACUCCUGGACCACUUCCUACACCUAAAUGUGUCUCGCAAUGUACCAAUUCUAAAUGGCCAAUUCAAUAUAAUAAUGAUAAAAAAUUCGCUAUAUCGACAGGUAUUAUUCCAGGCGAUACGGAAGUUUCAGAGGCUGUCAAGGCAAUGAAGGCCGAAAUUAAAGCUAACGGUCCAAUUACUGGCUGUAUGGAUGUAUAUGAUGAUUUCUAUCAUUAUAGUGACGGAGUUUAUAAGAGAACUACUGACAAAAACCCUGGCGGCCAUGCAAUUCGUAUAAUUGGUUGGGGAACUCAAACAUGUUCAGGAAAAGUCCAACCAUUUUGGCUUGCUAUUAAUUCAUGGGGAAAAGACUGGGGAAUGAAAGGAGUAUUUAUGAUUGCUCAAGGAAGUAAUGAAUGCAAGAUUGAAGCUUGGGGAGCUGCUUUUGGCAAGCCUAAAGUCUAA